CGAGGAGGAAACGCAGCCUCCUAUCUUCGGUGCGGUAGAAAAUCAGACCCUCCUCCAUCAUACUAGUACACACCCACUGAUGGAGCUAGGUAGUGGUCUGUAACUGUAACAACCUUGAAAUAAAAGUAGGAUUAUCCGCUAAUUACCAGGGAGAAAAAGAUAAUCAGGCGCGGAAUACGUUAAGCGUCGUGUACCUGGGCUGAAAAACACUCUCAGCUCACCCGCGCCGUUGACCACCCCAGUGCUAACCUGCUGUAGGACGCUAUCCCUCUGCGUGCAGUAUGGGUAUAGAGAGCCAGGACCCCUUGCCACCCCCUGGGAACCUCACCAGGACCCAGGCAAGAGGCUUUCUGCGAUCGGAGCCCAUUACGCUGGGGUCCAUCCAGAUCUUGAUUGCAGUGUUGACUCUGUUCCUGGGGGUCUCUCUGCUGACGCCCUACGACCUCACGUCCCAAGACUUCAUCACGCACAGCAUUGUGAUGCUCAUAGGUGCAGCCGGGCUAAUCAUAUCUGGAGCCAUUCUGAUUCACACAGGAAGACGACCCUCGCUUUGCAUGGUCAAAGCAACUCUGGUGUUCCACCUGGUGAGUCUGAUCUUCAGCACGGCGACCAUCGCUCUACUGUCCAACCACCUGCCGUAUCGACAGAACAUGUACCACUGCGAGCACUGCAGUCAACUGGAGCUCGACGUGGCGCAACAACACUGUUUCAAGAUGUGCACGUACAAGGUGGAAAAGCCCUGUAAAUACUUGAUAGACGGACUCCUCAGCACUCUGGUGGUGUUCAUAGUGCUGGAGCUGGUGAUCUGCAUCAUAGCCAUUAUGUUCGGCCUGCAGGUGAUCAUCCGAGGUAGAGCACAGCCUCCUCCCCUCCUUCAGCAAACUGUUGGGGCAGCAGCUCAGGGCCAGGCUAUUGAGGAGCCACAGGAGGCAGUGGAUGAGGGUACUAUUGCUGUGGAGGUAGAGACUCUUCCAGCAGAGCCUCAGGUGGAUCCACCGCCACAGUACAAGUCCUGAGGCUACCAUCCUCAGCAUCCACAGGAAGUGGAAGACUUCUGGGAGAAUGAAAAUAAAUGGUGCUUAGGGAAAAGCUGAAAGAGUGCUUUGUUGUAGCUUCAUUUCUGUUGGCAAACCCUCUAAUAUGGCAAAUCCACUAACCUAACUGUAUACCUGCAUAUUGUAUGUAUAUGUGGAGCAGUUAAUCAGUGUAUAACCUAAGUAAAUGUAAAUAUGCCAUGUUCAUGCAUAUUUUUUUCUGUAACUGGAUCUGGCAUGUCUUUUGUGAUCAUAUGGGAGAAUAGACUGUGUUGUUGACACCUGUGUGUCCUAUUACUGUGAUAUAAUGGGGAUGGAAGCAUAUCCUAUGUAGUGUCACACUUGCAAGAACAAUGUAAUUGAAUGUUUCCCAGUGACGUGUUUAUCGGCACAUUACUAUAUGGCUUUUGUUUGCUACAGACUGUUCUGGUGCAGAUUCACAUUCAGAAAUCUGACACACAUUUCAACCAUGUACAAUUCAGACUUUAUAUAUUUGUUUUGUGCUUAUUUUUUAUAAACUAUUAUUGUCAAAAAUCAAAUAAAGAUUUUUCAAGUUUAAGAA